GCAAAUCAUUUUCAAUCAUUAUUUAUAGGUGAGGUCCUCCACCACUCUCUUCUCUCACACUCUUUCCUUUUCUUAAAAACCCCUUACAAAUUUUCAAUUUAUAUAAAAAUUUUCCAUUUCGAUCCCAAAAAAAAUUCCAAACCUCAAUCAUGAGCAACGAAUAUGAUUAUUUGUUCAAGCUUUUGCUAAUCGGUGACUCCUCCGUCGGAAAAUCGUGCUUGCUGCUCAGAUUUGCGGAUGAUUCCUAUGUAGACAGCUACAUAAGUACCAUUGGAGUUGAUUUUAAAAUCAGAACUGUGGAUCUGGAUGGAAAGACAAUCAAGCUGCAGAUUUGGGAUACUGCUGGACAGGAGCGGUUCAGGACUAUAACAAGCAGUUAUUACCGAGGAGCACAUGGGAUAAUUAUUGUCUAUGAUGUUACUGAGAUGGAGAGUUUCAACAACGUCAAGCAGUGGUUGAAUGAAAUUGAUAGAUAUGCAAAUGAUAGUGUGUGCAAGCUUCUAGUUGGUAAUAAGUGUGAUUUGGUUGAGAACAAGGUUGUGGACACUCAAACAGCCAAGGCGUUCGCAGAUGAGCUCGGAAUCCCUUUCCUUGAGACAAGUGCUAAAGACUCGAUUAAUGUGGAGCAAGCUUUCUUAACCAUGGCUGGCGAGAUCAAGAAGAAAAUGGGAAACCAACCAACUGCAAACAAGUCAACUGGAACUGUUCAAAUGAAGGGGCAGCCAAUUCAGCAGAACAGCAACUGCUGUGGUUAGCUAUGCUAUGUAAUGUUUAUUUUCUGUUAAGAUUGCAGGACAGUGAAACUAUGUUGGCUGUAUUCUCAUAUGGAUCUAUCAAUACUGUUAAAUAUGCCUAAUUCAAUCCUGACUUAGUUA